AUGCCGGGAUUCAAGGCAUUCAAGGACCGAAUCACACUUCUGUUGGCGGGAGUAAAUGGUUUCAAGAUAAGGCAUCAAGCACGUGUUUAUUACGCUGCGGUUGCACAAAAGAAACACAUUUACUCUCCACCACUGUUCAAUGCUUCUGUUGGUUGGUUGGCUGCUUUUAAGAAGCGUUAUGAAGUCAAGUUUCCCCACUACCAUGGAUCAUCUGCUGAUGUCAUAGCAGCUCUUGUGAAAGAGUGUGGUUAUUGCCAAGACCAGAUCUUCAAUUGUGACAAAACUGGCAUUUUCUGGAAGUGCUCUCCUAAGAACACUUUCAUUGCCAGGGAUGAAAAACAGGCAAGGGGUGUAAAGAAUUCAAAGGACAGGAUUACAGUUUUAUUCACAGUUAAUGCAAUUGGAGAUUUCUUAAUGAAACCCCUGGUUUUUAACCAUGCUGCCCGUCCUAGAGCCUAUCGUCAUGCCAAUAUGUCGCAGUUCAAUGUUUAUGGGACGUCUAAGAAAAAAGCUUGUGUUACAAUGUCUUUAUGCACUGAUUGGUUUGACAAGCACUUUCUUCCUGAUACUACGUUAAACUGUUCUACUAGCUAUCAGUCACUCUAUAAAGACUUCCGUCAGCAGGCAGACUCAUUAGUUAAGCUACAACAAAUCGAGGCAGAACUUCCUGACAGUGACCAGGCUCUACCAGCACCAGCUAACCAGGAGGAGGAGAUGGUCGACGACCCAACUCCUAGCACCUCACAUGCACCAUCCCACAACUGUGAAGUGUUACCAGUUUGUAAAUUUUGGAAAAAAUAUAAUAUUAAAAAUACAGUGGACAGAAUUGUUGAGACAUGGCGAAAGAUUAAUUUCGCAACAAUGCUACAAACAUGGAAGCCUUUGUUCGUUAACUUCGAGGUAAGUGGGGUAGAGCAAACCGAGGCAAGUGGGGAGAGGCAGUCAGUGGCAGCAACACUAAUGGACACAGUGGAGGCAGUUCGCUCAGUCCCAGCACUGGGAUUUUCAGAUGUUCAGGUUGAAGAUUUGCAAGAAAUCAUUGGUCAACAUCAGCAGCAAACAACAAUUAAAGAAAUGUUGGAGGAGGAUGAAGAACAAGAAGAAAAGCAACCAACACAAGAGGAUGAUGUUAAGCCUGGUGAACCUACAACACUCCAGCUGACUGAGAUGCUCACAACCUUCGCACGUUUCACUGAACAGCUUGAAGAACACGAUACCAGGCCUCAUGCGCAGAACCAUAUCUGCCCUGUCACUGAAAAGGUUAUAGAGGAAUAUAAGGCCAUGUAG